AUGUGUUCUUCAGGGUAUUUGCUAGCCUCUAGCGUGUUUGCUGCAGAGAAAUCGUGGGAAGAUGUAGCGUCAAUGAGGAGGUUGGUGAAGGAGAGAAAGGUUCUGGUGGUCGCAGGUUAUAGCACAGUUCUUGAAGGAGCCAUGGCUAGGAGGUUCUUGGCUGUAGAGAAGCUAAACCAAAGUGAUUGUGAGAUAAACAACGUCGUUCAAAGUCUUCAUAGAUGCUUGACGUUAGAAAAUACAAUGGAAUGGAUCUGA